AUGGUGAAUUCCAACAAGUAUCAACCGUUGCAUGCAGGUUGCGGGAUACCCGUGCCCCGAGCAGUGCAACUGAAGAGAGCCGUCGUCAACGUGAACAGUAACGACGACGCGUGUUUCUAUUGGGCAGUGGUGACGUUGCAUCUACCAUCGAGGAAAUGGGAGAAACAUACGAAUUUGUUGUUUCUACAGGACACGAUAAAUUUGCGGAAUCAUUACGUCAGUAUAAGGAAUUUAUCCCGUCUUGUUUCAUUCCAGCUCAGCACGCGGCAUCAUAAGUAUAUUUGCGAUCGGUGUCUGCAAUAUUUCAGAUCGCAAGAAAAAUUGGACAUUCGCGUCGUCGACUGCGGUCGAAUGAACGAAUGCGCUUUGAUACUUCCGACGGAAGACGAUAAGUGGCUGAAGUUCAAGAACCACGCGUACAAGGAACCGGCGCCUUUCGUUAUUUACGCAGACUUGGAAUGCCUGCUGGAGAAACAGGAAGAUCAAGGUCAUGGAACUUGUCGCAGAUAUCAGCAUCACCGUGCCUUCAGCGUAGGCUACUAUCUUCAUUGUCGAUACGACAGCUCCGUGUGCGAGUAUCGGACUUAUCGCAACGAGAAAGAUUGUAUCGCGUGGUUCGCAUCGGAGUUUUACAAGUUGAGCCGUAAAUUGCAGCCGGCGUUCGAUCGGACGGUUCCGAUGGCUACAAUGACUGCCGCGCAAAUUUCGGAAUUCCAUACCGCCACGCAUUGCUACGUGUGCGAAGAACCGUUCGGCGAUCGCGACGUACGAGUGCGCGAUCAUUGUCAUUUCACGGCCGCGCAUCAUGGUCCGGCACACAACAAUUGCAAUUAAGAGGACUCUUGUUUUUCUCAUCUUGUUCUUAUCGCGCUUCCAUUUUUAUGACGUUUAGAGAGGAACUAUGCGUGUGCGCAUGUUAAUAAAUAGAUGAAGUAUAACGCGAAGCAAAUCAAAUCGUUGUCGCGAAGUGAGAGUGAACCAGUGAAAUAUAAAAAUUUUAUAAAUCACAUCAUGACAACAAUUGAUUUUAUAGUUGAUACAGACGGCUUCAACGUCAAUAAAAAAUUUAUGUGUAAAGAAUUGGCGAUUAUAAACGCACACACCGGCAUCGCAUCUCGCUACGAAUUUGAACUAGGCGUCCGCUACACAGAUUUGAGCAAAGCUGAUCAAAAGUCUGCGUGGUAUGUCACGAAUUUUAUACAUGGGAUAUCCUAUAAAAAUUUUUCGGGGAAAAUAAAUCAUCAGCAAAAAGACAUCGCUCUUAUAAUUAAAAUUUUUAUUCGCGGCUACAAGGAUCCCGUAAUCGCAUAUAAGGGGGGGGGGGGCAUAUAGAAAAAGACAUAUUACGCGAAAUUGGCGUUCGAAGCAUAAAUUUAGAAAUUUUUGGUUGCCCCAAAUUUGAAACUUUAAUCGCGGAUCCGAAAUAUGGGUCAUAUGACGUGCCACGUAGACUUCAUUAUUGGACGCCUAGUUCAACUUCCAAACUCAGAGACAAUCCCACCCAAUUUCUUCAGCUCAGUCUACGAACUUGUGUCCGUACUGAAAAAAUUAAACAAUAAACGAUCAUCUAGCUUCGACAAUA